AUGAGUAUCCUAGAAGAAGUGAAUUUUGACACACCCCCUUGUCCGAUUAUUUUUUCUCAGGCUGCGGCUAAUAAAGUGAAAGAAUUACUUGAUGAAGAGGGUAACCCUAACUUGCGUUUGCGAGUGUUUGUGCAAGGGGGAGGUUGUUCAGGUUUUCAAUAUGGAUUUACCUUUGAUGAAGACAUAGCAGAAGACGAUACUGUUGUCGAAAAAGAGGGUGUGGAAUUGUUAAUCGAUCCAAUGAGCUAUCAAUAUUUAGUGGGUGCAGAGAUUGACUACAAAGAAGAUAUUGAAGGUUCGCAAUUUGUGAUUCGUAAUCCGAACGCCGUGACAACCUGUGGCUGUGGCUCUUCAUUUAGUGUGGCCGAUUAA